CUGGAUUUUUGUAAACUAAAAUCGUUAAAUCAGUAUAAAAGCAGAUGAGUUUAAGUACUAAUCAUCAGUCAAUCAAUUGUUUUACUUGUGCAUCAAGCCUGAUCAGCCAAGACAGUAAAAAUGAAGGUUGUCAGUGCCAUCCUAGCGCUGGUUCUAGCCAUCUGCGCUAAUGCUUCUCCUUCGCCAUAUGUCCAAGAUGUUGUGACCUACUCCAACCCGUGGCCUCUGAAGACCAGCACGGUUUGGCCCGCAUAUGGUGGAUUGUACGGUGGUAAGGUCGCUGUGGUCCCAGAUGUUGCAUACGGAAAGUACGCCUACCCGAACGUGUAUGGAAGUUGGCCUGCGAAUGGCAAGAACUGGGGAUACUCUUCGCCGGUUGUCGCCGUUGGCACCAAAGUAGUGGACAAUGGACUGUGGAAUUAUGGUGGCUAUGGAUAUGGCAAAAACUGGGGUAACUCCGCGCCAGUUGUAACUGUUGGUGCCAAGGUGGUAGACAAUGGUUUGUGGAACAAUGGUGGUUACGGCUACGGAUACGGACUGGGGCACAACAAGUAUUGGUAUUAGGUAUCAUACGAAUUCCGUUUAAUUAAUAAAGAAUUAUAACCAGCGCAUGACUUUAUUUCUUUUACUUUUGGAAAUUAUAUUUAACAAUUACAAACAUCGAGUCACGUUAAGUGUUGUUGCUGUCAUUGUUCAUAAACUAAGUCCAGUAUGUCAAAUGAAAAUUGUAACAAUCACAGG